CUGCGGCCGUGGCACACCUGCCCCGCGGUCCGCACGGCCGAGGCCGCUGCGGGAUCCGCACCCUCUGCCCCGCGGAAUCGCGGGGCACCCAGCCAGCCGCAGCUGUCCAUCUCCUCCCGAGCCAGCCAAUCGCCCGCGACUGCCCCGGCCGCACCUCCCGGAAUCUCUGACGGGCGUGCGGCUCAGCCUAUGAGAUGGGGGCCUCGGAGGCCUGGGCUGGGAGCGGGAGCCAAUGAGCAUCAUUUCAGAGGCAGUCGCUCUUGGAUCCCUUCUGUUCACAAUGGCACAGAGAACUGGACUUGAAGAUCCGGAGAGGUAUCUCUUUGUGGACAGGGCGGUCAUCUACAACCCUGCCACUCAGGCGGAUUGGACGGCUAAAAAGCUAGUGUGGAUUCCAUCAGAACGCCAUGGUUUCGAGGCAGCUAGUAUCAAAGAAGAGCGGGGAGAUGAAGUCAUGGUGGAGUUGGCGGAGAAUGGAAAGAAAGCAAUGGUCAACAAAGAUGAUAUUCAGAAGAUGAACCCACCUAAGUUUUCCAAGGUGGAGGAUAUGGCAGAAUUGACGUGCUUGAACGAAGCUUCUGUUUUGCAUAAUCUGAAGGAUCGUUACUAUUCAGGACUUAUCUAUACAUAUUCUGGACUCUUCUGUGUAGUCAUAAAUCCUUACAAGAAUCUUCCCAUUUACUCUGAGAAUAUUAUUGAAAUGUACAGAGGGAAGAAGCGUCACGAGAUGCCUCCACACAUCUAUGCCAUAUCUGAAUCUGCUUACAGAUGCAUGCUUCAAGAUCGUGAGGACCAGUCAAUUCUUUGCACGGGUGAAUCGGGUGCCGGGAAGACAGAAAAUACUAAGAAAGUCAUUCAGUACCUUGCUCAUGUCGCUUCUUCACACAAAGGACGAAAGGACCAUAAUAUUCCUGGGGAACUUGAACGGCAGCUUUUGCAAGCAAAUCCAAUCCUGGAAUCAUUUGGAAACGCAAAGACUGUGAAAAAUGAUAACUCAUCUCGUUUUGGCAAGUUUAUUCGGAUCAACUUUGACGUAACUGGCUAUAUCGUUGGGGCCAACAUUGAAACAUACCUUCUGGAAAAAUCUCGUGCUGUCCGUCAAGCAAAAGAUGAACGUACUUUUCAUAUCUUUUACCAAUUGUUAUCUGGAGCAGGAGAACAUCUGAAGUCUGAUUUGCUCCUUGAAGGAUUUAAUAACUACAGAUUUCUCUCCAAUGGCUAUAUUCCUAUUCCGGGACAGCAAGACAAAGAUAACUUUCAAGAGACAAUGGAAGCAAUGCAUAUAAUGGGCUUCUCCCACGAAGAGAUUCUGUCAAUGCUUAAAGUGGUAUCUUCAGUGCUACAGUUCGGAAAUAUUUCUUUCAAAAAGGAGCGAAACACUGAUCAAGCUUCCAUGCCGGAGAAUACAGUUGCCCAGAAACUCUGCCAUCUUCUGGGCAUGAAUGUGAUGGAGUUCACUCGGGCUAUUCUCACCCCCCGGAUCAAGGUCGGCCGAGACUACGUGCAGAAAGCACAGACCAAAGAACAAGCAGAUUUUGCAGUAGAAGCUUUGGCAAAAGCUACCUAUGAGCGGCUCUUCCGCUGGCUCGUACACCGCAUCAACAAAGCUCUGGAUAGGACCAAACGGCAAGGGGCGUCUUUCAUUGGAAUCCUGGAUAUCGCUGGAUUUGAGAUUUUUGAGCUGAACUCCUUCGAGCAGCUGUGCAUCAACUACACCAACGAGAAGCUGCAGCAGCUCUUCAACCACACCAUGUUCAUCCUGGAGCAGGAGGAGUACCAGCGCGAGGGCAUCGAGUGGAACUUCAUCGACUUCGGGCUGGACCUGCAGCCGUGCAUCGACCUCAUCGAGAGACCCGCUAACCCUCCUGGCGUGCUGGCCCUUUUGGAUGAAGAGUGCUGGUUCCCUAAAGCCACAGAUAAGACCUUUGUUGAAAAACUAGUUCAAGAGCAAGGGUCCCACUCCAAGUUUCAGAAACCUCGUCAACUGAAAGACAAAGCUGACUUUUGCAUUAUACAUUAUGCAGGGAAGGUGGACUAUAAGGCGGACGAGUGGCUGAUGAAGAAUAUGGACCCCCUGAAUGACAACGUGGCCACCCUCCUGCAUCAGUCCUCCGACAGAUUUGUGGCAGAGCUCUGGAAGGAUGUGGACCGGAUCGUGGGUCUGGACCAAGUGACGGGGAUGACGGAGACAGCUUUUGGCUCUGCCUAUAAAACCAAGAAGGGCAUGUUCCGUACAGUCGGGCAGCUCUACAAAGAAUCUCUCACCAAGCUGAUGGCGACGCUCCGCAACACCAACCCUAACUUCGUGCGCUGCAUCAUUCCAAACCACGAGAAGCGGGCUGGGAAACUGGACCCGCACCUAGUGCUGGAUCAGCUUCGCUGCAACGGUGUCCUGGAAGGGAUCCGAAUCUGUCGCCAGGGAUUCCCCAACCGGAUUGUCUUCCAGGAAUUCAGACAGAGAUACGAGAUCCUAACUCCAAAUGCUAUUCCUAAGGGCUUUAUGGAUGGCAAACAGGCUUGUGAGCGCAUGAUCCGGGCUUUAGAAUUGGACCCAAACUUGUACAGGAUCGGACAGAGCAAGAUAUUUUUCAGAGCUGGAGUUCUGGCACACUUAGAGGAAGAAAGAGAUUUAAAAAUUACCGAUAUCAUUAUCUUCUUUCAGGCUGUUUGCAGAGGUUACUUAGCCAGAAAGGCCUUCGCCAAGAAGCAGCAGCAGCUGAGCGCCCUGAAGGUGCUGCAGCGCAACUGCGCCGCGUACCUGAAGCUGCGGCACUGGCAGUGGUGGCGCGUCUUCACCAAGGUGAAGCCGCUCCUACAAGUCACUCGCCAAGAGGAGGAACUCCAGGCCAAAGACGAAGAGCUGCUGAAGGUGAAGGAGAAGCAGACGAAGGUGGAAGGGGAGCUGGAGGAGAUGGAGAGGAAGCACCAACAGCUGCUAGAAGAGAAGAAUAUCCUGGCAGAGCAACUACAAGCAGAGACUGAGCUCUUUGCUGAAGCAGAAGAGAUGAGGGCAAGACUUGCCGCUAAGAAGCAGGAAUUAGAAGAGAUUCUCCAUGACUUGGAGUCUAGGGUUGAAGAAGAAGAAGAAAGAAACCAAAUCCUCCAAAAUGAGAAGAAGAAAAUGCAAGCACACAUCCAGGACCUGGAGGAGCAGCUGGACGAGGAGGAGGGGGCUCGCCAGAAACUGCAGCUGGAGAAGGUGACGGCAGAGGCCAAGAUCAAGAAGAUGGAAGAGGAGAUUCUGCUUCUCGAGGACCAAAAUUCCAAAUUUAUCAAAGAAAAGAAACUCAUGGAAGAUCGCAUUGCUGAGUGUUCCUCUCAGCUGGCUGAAGAGGAAGAAAAGGCAAAAAACCUGGCCAAGAUCAGGAAUAAGCAGGAAGUGAUGAUCUCAGACUUAGAAGAGCGCUUAAAGAAGGAGGAGAAGACCCGCCAGGAACUGGAAAAGGCCAAAAGGAAACUGGACGGUGAGACCACAGACCUGCAGGACCAGAUCGCCGAGCUCCAGGCGCAGAUUGACGAGCUCAAGAUCCAGGUGGCCAAGAAGGAGGAGGAGCUGCAGGGCGCCCUGGCCAGGGGUGACGACGAGACACUGCACAAGAACAACGCGCUUAAAGUCGUGCGAGAGCUGCAAGCCCAGCUUGCUGAGCUGCAGGAAGACUUUGAAUCCGAGAAGGCUUCGCGGAACAAGGCGGAAAAGCAGAAGAGGGACUUGAGUGAGGAGCUGGAAGCUCUGAAGACAGAGCUUGAGGACACGCUGGACACCACGGCAGCUCAGCAGGAACUGCGCACCAAACGUGAACAAGAAGUGGCAGAGCUGAAGAAAGCUCUCGAGGAGGAAACGAAGAACCACGAGGCUCAGAUCCAGGACAUGAGGCAGAGACACGCGACCGCCCUGGAGGAGCUGUCGGAGCAGCUAGAGCAGGCGAAGAGGUUCAAGGCAAAUCUGGAGAAGAACAAGCAGGGCCUGGAGACGGACAACAAGGAGCUGGCGUGCGAGGUGAAAGUGCUGCAGCAGGUCAAGGCCGAGUCUGAGCACAAGAGGAAGAAGCUGGACGCCCAGGUCCAGGAGCUCCACGCCAAGGUCUCGGAAGGAGACAGACUCAGGGUGGAACUGGCCGAGAAAGCGAAUAAGUUACAGAAUGAAUUGGAUAAUGUCUCAACUCUUCUAGAAGAAGCAGAGAAAAAGGGUAUUAAGUUUGCCAAGGACGCAGCUGGUCUUGAGUCUCAACUCCAGGACACACAGGAGCUUCUUCAGGAAGAGACACGCCAAAAACUGAACCUGAGCAGUCGGAUCCGGCAGCUGGAGGAGGAGAAGAACAGCCUCCAGGAGCAGCAGGAGGAGGAGGAAGAGGCCAGGAAGAACCUGGAAAAGCAGGUGCUGGCCCUGCAGGCCCAGUUGACAGAUACCAAGAAGAAAGUAGAUGAUGACCUGGGGACAAUUGAAAGUUUGGAAGAAGCCAAGAAGAAGCUCCUUAAAGACGUGGAAGCACUGAGCCAGCGCCUGGAGGAGAAGGCCCUGGCCUACGACAAGCUGGAGAAGACCAAGAACCGCCUGCAGCAGGAGCUUGAUGACCUGCUGGUGGACCUGGACCACCAGCGCCAGAUCGUCUCCAACUUGGAGAAGAAGCAGAAGAAGUUCGAUCAGCUGUUAGCAGAAGAGAAGAAUAUCUCUGCCCGCUACGCGGAAGAGCGAGACCGGGCCGAAGCAGAGGCCAGAGAGAAGGAAACCAAAGCCCUGUCCCUGGCCCGUGCCCUUGAGGAGGCCCUGGAGGCCAAGGAAGAGUCUGAGCGGCAGAACAAGCAGCUGCGGGCAGACAUGGAGGACCUGAUGAGCUCCAAGGACGACGUGGGCAAGAACGUUCAUGAACUUGAAAAAUCCAAACGGGCCCUAGAACAGCAGGUGGAGGAAAUGAGGACCCAGCUGGAAGAGCUGGAAGAUGAGCUUCAGGCUACAGAAGACGCCAAGCUUCGCCUGGAGGUCAACAUGCAGGCCAUGAAGGCCCAGUUCGAGAGGGACUUGCAGACCAGAGAUGAGCAGAACGAGGAAAAGAAGCGGCUGCUCAUUAAACAGGUGCGGGAGCUGGAGGCUGAGCUGGAGGAUGAGCGGAAACAGCGGGCCCUUGCUGUGGCUUCAAAGAAGAAAAUGGAAAUAGACCUGAAGGACCUGGAAGCUCAAAUCGAGGCUGCAAACAAAGCUAGGGAUGAAGUGAUCAAGCAGCUCCGCAAACUUCAGGCUCAGAUGAAGGACUACCAACGUGAAUUAGAAGAAGCUCGUGCAUCCCGGGAUGAGAUUUUUGCUCAGUCCAAAGAGAGUGAAAAGAAACUGAAGAGUCUGGAAGCAGAAAUCCUUCAACUGCAGGAGGAACUUGCCUCAUCUGAGCGAGCCCGCCGACACGCCGAGCAGGAGAGAGAUGAGCUGGCGGACGAGAUCGCCAACAGCGCCUCUGGCAAGUCUGCGCUGCUGGAUGAGAAGCGGCGUCUGGAGGCACGGAUAGCACAGCUGGAGGAGGAGCUUGAAGAGGAGCAGAGCAACAUGGAGUUGCUCAACGACCGCUUCCGCAAGACCACGCUGCAGGUGGGCACGCAGCGGCCGCCCCAGGGAGGGCCGCGCCGUCCCCGCACGACUGACCCAUCUCCUCUCCAGGUGGACACGCUGAACGCAGAGCUGGCGGCCGAGCGCAGCGCCGCCCAGAAGAGCGACAAUGCGCGCCAGCAGCUGGAGCGGCAGAACAAGGAGCUGAAGGCCAAGCUGCAGGAGCUGGAGGGUGCUGUCAAGUCCAAGUUCAAGGCCACCAUCUCAGCCCUGGAAGCCAAGAUUGGGCAGUUGGAGGAGCAGCUUGAGCAGGAGGCCAAGGAAAGAGCAGCCGCCAACAAACUAGUCCGUCGCACCGAGAAGAAGCUGAAGGAAAUCUUCAUGCAGGUCGAGGAUGAACGCCGCCACGCCGACCAGUAUAAAGAACAGAUGGAGAAGGCCAACGCCAGGAUGAAGCAGCUCAAACGGCAGCUGGAGGAAGCAGAGGAAGAAGCCACACGUGCCAACGCGUCUCGGCGCAAACUCCAGCGGGAACUGGAUGACGCCACCGAGGCCAACGAGGGCCUGAGCCGCGAGGUCAGCACGCUGAAGAACCGGCUGAGGCGAGGAGGCCCGAUCAGCUUCUCCGCCAGCCGAUCUGGCCGGCGCCAGCUGCACAUCGAGGGCGCUUCCCUGGAGCUGUCGGAUGACGACACAGAAAGUAAGACCAGUGAUGUCAAUGAGACGCAGCCGCCCCAGUCUGAGUAGAUCCGAGGAAGCCGGCGGAGGCGAUACCGAGGGACAGGCAGGAAGCCCCCCAGCGCCCCGGCCUUGGGGCCCCCUGCAGAUCUGGGGGACUGGCGAACCGCACGACUCCUGAGAGAUCAACUGUGUCUUAAGGACUUGCAGCCUACACGACUGUCUCCUGCUUCAGAUUUAGGUACAAUUGCUCCCCUUUUUAUAUAUAUAUAUAUAUAUAUAUAUAUACACAAAACCUACACAUACUAAACAGAUCGUCUCAUGAUUGCGUCUAUUUUCCAUAUAUCCAUCAAGAGACCAUUUUAUAAUACAUGUUAAGAAGAGAACCCUUUUUCGAACAAACUCUAGACCCCGUUGCCGGUCGCUGGGGCAGCCCCGGGGUUGCUGCCCAGUCGCUCUGCAUGCUCUGUCUUACGGACAGCUACCUUAACCUUAGUUCUGUGUUCAUGUGGCCCCUGCCUCCUCAGCCACGUCAAGUCUCUUAGAACGUUGUGGAACCUAAACUGCACUUGUAGCUCUCAUUUCCUUCAAAUAAUGAUCAACACUAUUUCAGUGAGCAAACUGUGAAAGGGGCUUUGGAGAGAUUAGGAGGGGUGGGUUGGAUGUGGGGAAGCGGCGUCCGUGUGGGGUGGCCAUGCCUACCUCCCUCGAGUCGUGGUGUGCCCCCUCUCUUCACGUGAACUGUCCUCGGCCCGGUCUGUGCAUAGGAAGAACAGCGGCCACCACCCAGCUGAGGCCCUGGGGGCAGCCAUCACAGUGACUGCAGGAGGGCCUCCGGAGGCCCCGGCUUCCCCCGUGUGCUCCUCGCUUCUGGAGCGAGCAGCUGCAGGCCCCGGAGCAGAAGCUCGGGCGAUACCCUCCCUCGCCAGCCAGGCUCUCAUGCUGACCUUGCAAAUUCAGCCGCUGCUUUGAGCCCAAAAUGGGAAUAUUGGUUUUGUGUCCGAGACUUGUUCCAAGUUUGUUGAUGAGGUUGACAGAACCUCGAGAACAGAUGCCACCUGCCUGAAUGUUGACAUGCCAGUGGAUGUGACUCCUUUUUGAUUUCUCCUUUCCCCUCCCCCCUGGGACAGUGUUACAGUGAACAUUUAGCAUUCUGUUUUUGGUUGCUAGUUAAUCAAACUGACAUUACAGAAAGUGCCUUAGACACUACAGUACUAAGACAAUGUUAAAUAUAUUAUUUGCCUCUGUAACAAUCUAAUGUAUUAAGUUUUGACUGUGCUUCAUAUAUCAUGUACCUCUCUAGUCAAAGUGGUAUUAUAAACAUUCAGUGACAAUGAAUCAGUGUUAAUUAUAAAUCCUUGAUCCUCUGCAACAUGCUUGAAAACACAAACCUUUUGGGUUAAAAGCUUUAACAUCUGUUAGGAAGAAUUUGUCAUGUGGGUUUGGAAUCUUUGAUUUUCCCCCUUUAUGAAUUGUACUGGCUGUUGACCACCAGACACCUGACUGCAAAUAUCUUUUCUUGUAUUCCCAUAUUUCUAGACAAUGAUUUUUGUAAGACAAUAAAUUUAUUCAUUAUAGAUA